UAAGGUACCUUGCUGUAGGUAGUUGGCUACACCUAGCCUGCUGUCAUUGCGCCACCUCCUCCUUCUCUUCCUCCUCCUCGCUGCCAAUGACAAUAGCCCCAACAGCUUCUCCAACUCCUCUUCUGCCGUCUCCCCCUCCUUCUCCUUCCUCCCUGCCUCCUCUCGGCCCCAAACAGAGGUCCUGUAGUACGUACUGCACUGCAAGUGUCUGCUUUUGGACCCUGUCCCCUUCGGCCCCUUCCUCCCCAGCUCCAGCUCCCUUCCUUUCCCAACCGUGCCAUCCUAGCCAGGGCGGGAAGCUCCACGCCUAACCCGGGGCAAGACCCGUUCUGGUCCACUUUCCGGUGUGCCGUGGCACGCUCCUUUCAAAGUGUGGGCCGAUGUACGGAAUAUCUGUCUUGCCGCCUCCGAAGAUGGCCCGGCCAAUGACGUGCGAGAGAAGCCAGUGGGUGCAAACUGCACAAUUCUGAUGUGUGCCUGGACCCACCACUGUUCACGGCCAUCCCAGUUGACUUGCUGUGUCUUCAUCGAGAAUCGCGCCCUCCCCGUACCUACCAUCACACGACCGACCCCCCCCCCCCCCCCCCCCCCCCCUUGUUCCAUCUCACUCAUCGACCCGACAUUCAUCUUUUCUCAUCAUGGCAGACGUCGGCGAAGACACGACUCACGUUCAGGAACCCCUCGACCUCGUCAAGCUCCUACUCGAUGAGGUGGUUUUUGUCAAGCUCAGAGGCGACCGGGAACUCAAGGGCAGGCUCCAUGCAUACGACAGUCAUUGCAACCUGGUUCUAGGAGAGGUGGAGGAGACGAUUUACGUCGUGGAUGAGGAUGAAGAGGACGAAGACGUAAAGACUAUCAGCAGAAAGUCGGAGAUGUUGUUUGUUCGAGGCGACAGCGUGGUGCUCAUCUCCCCUCACACAUCGUCAUAGUCAACGCGGGAUUACCGCACCUUCUCGCAUCACCCAUGAAGCAAGAAUGAGAUGAGCUCGGAACGCUCGAGAUUCGACAGGCGGUAGUAGCAUGUGUCGGGUUCAAGCACGGUUGGGGUUUCGGCGGGAACCGAGACAUGUGCGGACCCUACCACAUCGUCGUGGACGUCAACGCGGCCUUGCUUCCAUAUACCCCUAUUGCGAGGCCUCAUUGACCGCCCAGGACGUGUGCAGCAUUGGUGCUGCUUCGAUAUGGCCUUGGAGGGUGUUAGGCCAAGGAGCAAUGCAUUCCCAGGAGCGACGACUGAGAGGAAACUUGGCGCAUCAACCAUGGAUCAGGGGUCACUCAAUCUUUGAUGUUGUUUACCGUUCAAAUAGAGAUUCCAAUCAACAGAGCAUACACAAGCUCAACCAAACG